AUGCGUACCAAUGCAGCUAGUCGAUGGGCUAAAUAUGAAUUCUCUCAUUCUCCGUCGGGACAUUCUAAUAAUAACAAUGACAAUACAUCAAAAAUAUCAUCAUUAGCACGGCCAAAAUUAGAAAUUUUACGUGCUAAUUCACCUACAUUGAAACGUUUAGUAGCUGCACGUAAUAAACUUGAAAAAUAUGCUGCUUCAAUUCCACGUAAUACUUCCGCUAGUCGACAGUCAGUACGUUCAGCACGUGAAACACCUUAUCAAAUAGCUCAAGAAAAGCCAGCAUCUGUAUUGUCGAAACCAAUUCAUGAAAAAGAACCGCCACGAUUAUCAAAACCAGCUUAUACGCCAGCGCCAAUUCUUUCACAACCUCCAUGUCCAAUAAAACCGUUGAAAUCUCAAUCAAGUCUUGAUCAUGGACCACUUGAUAAAAUAACUUAUGAAAAAACAUGGACACGUAGUGGUAGUAUGAAACAAAAGUGUUCAUUAGAAAUUUGGUUACCUAAGCCUGCUCUCGAUGAUGAUGAUCCCAAUACUAGUCGAACAGUAACACCACGCAUAAAUACAAUUGAAAAAUUGUCUCAAACAAUACCUAUUGCAAAAAGUCGUCGAUCGAGUGUUGCUAAAAUAACAGCAACUUCAACCAUAUCCAAUAUUGAAGAUAAAUCAUUAGAAGAGAUACCAGCAAAAAAAUCUGAAUCCACCGUUGUACCACGUGUGUAUCAUUAUGGAGAUUAUAUUAUGGAUAUACCUGAAGAACGACCGCGUUCAAGUAAAAGCGUUACAACAGUUAAAUCAGAUGGUACUUGUUCAAUUAAAAGUUUUCGGCGUCAACAUUCACGUCCACAUACUGGUCGGCACUCUAUAUCAACAAAUAAUAGUGAAGAAAUUCUUCGAUUUGGAACAGUAGAAGUACCAACAUCAGCAAAAGUAUCAUCCAUAAAAAUAAAAUCGGCUAGUUCAAAUCAUGAUAUGAAACCUGCUGCGAAAUCGAGUAAUCCAUCGAUGAUUAAUGAAUUAAUGCAAAAAUAUUCAUUAAUAAAGAAAAACCAUCAAGAAUUAACACAAGCUAAAUUGCAACUUGAAAAACCUAAUCAUGAUUCAAAACCAAAUUCAAAUCUAAUGAAAGAUAAUUCAACACGACCUCGACCACCUCCUGUGCCUGAAUCAACAUCACUUGUUUUAUCUGAUCAUCCAUCUGUUUCAGUAAAAAAACUUUUUCUUGAUGCAUCACACUCACGUUCAGUUAUCGAUCAUAAUAAUACAAAUACAAAACUACUUGAACGGCGUUCAACGCCUCGUAAACAAUCUCAUCCUGAUACGUAUCCUCAAUUACGAAUUUUUUCUCUUGCUAAUCAACAACAACAUCGUCAGUCAUCAGCAUCUACUGCUAAUACUGCUUAUUUACCAGCUGUUAAUGGGAAAAAACCCGAUGAUACAUUACGGAUUUUACAACGCAGUAAAACGCUUGAUGUUGUCUUAGAUAUUCCGAGUUCGGUUAAUCCUCCAUCGCGUAUACCUAUUCAUACAGAUAAUUCAUCAUCCCAUCGAAUUCAACGUACAACAAAUACAUUCAUUGAACAGAUGCCUACAAGUAUCUCAAAUCGAUCAGCACCUAAUCUUUAUUCCGAACAAAGCAAACAACAAAUGAAAUCAUCUAUCACUCAAAAUGCUCGGCCAAAUUUUCCUCGUUCGCCACCCACAACAAAAGUCACAAGUGUUUCAACAAAUAAAGUACUUAUUCAUUUUAAUCAUAGUAAUGCUGGAACUAUGGAUCGUAGUUUUCUUGUACCUGAAUAG